AUGGCGGCGGCGGCUACGGGCGGGGCGGCGGUUUGCCCCGCGGCGGCGGGCGGAAGCGGGGCCGGGCGCGGAGCCGCCAUGCUGCGGGCGGCCGGGCUGCUCUGGCUGCUGCUGCCGGGGCUGGCGGCGCUGGAGCCGCUCAGCGUCAGCCUGGCUAUCGGCGUCGCCUGGGCCCUCACCGGCUACCUGUCCCACCCCAACUUCUACUGCAGCUACGUGGAGUGCUGCCCCAGCGACGGGCACCGCAUCAACGCCACCGCGCUGAGGGCACAGCUGGACACCAAGCUCUUCGGGCAGCACCUGGCCAAGGAUGUGGUGCUGAAGGCGGUGAUGGGCUUCACCAACAACCCCAGCCCCAAGAAGCCACUAACGCUCUCACUCCAUGGCUGGGCCGGCACCGGCAAGAACUUCCUCAGCCAGAUUCUGGCAGAGCACGUCCACCCUGCCGGCCUGCGCAGCAAGUUCGUCCAUCUCUUCCUGGCCACCCUGCACUUCCCCCACCAGGACGAAGUCAAGCUCUACAAGGAGCAGCUACAGAACUGGAUUCGGGGCAAUGUCAGUGCCUGUCCCCACUCCAUCUUCAUUUUUGAUGAGAUGGACAAAAUGCAUCCAGGUCUCAUUGAUGCCAUCAAGCCGUUCUUAGACUAUUACGAGCAGGUUGAUAGGGUGUCCUACAGGAAAGCCAUCUUCAUCUUCCUCAGCAACGCAGGUGGUGACUUAAUUAAUAAAGCAGCCCUUGACUUCUGGACAAGUGGAAAGCGCAGGGAAGAGAUUCAGCUGAAGGACCUGGAGCUCAUGCUGUCUGUUGGAGUCUUCAAUAACAAGAACAGUGGCCUGUGGCACAGCAGCCUCAUCGACAGGAACCUCAUUGACUACUUUAUCCCCUUCCUGCCCCUGGAGCACAAGCACGUGAAGAUGUGCGUCAGGGCUGAAAUGACAGCCCGUGGCUAUGCCAUCGAUGAGAAGAUUGUUCAAGCAGUGGCUGAUGAGAUGACGUUCUUCCCCAAAGAGCAGAAAAUCUACUCUGAUAAAGGCUGCAAGACUGUACAGGCCAAGCUGGAUAUUCAUGAAGACUUUGUGUUGAGAGAUACAAAAGCCAAGGGGUGAUUACCCGUCGGGUCACCAAAGCACUUUCAGAGCUUUUGGAAACCUGUGCAUUUGCACUGAAGUUUUUUACUGUUGCAGGGAGUAUGGUGAAAAUACCAGAAUGACCUGUGUGGGCUUUUUAACUUUUUGUUUUUUUAACUUAACGUCCCACUGUUCAUCUCUGAACUGUCUGGUACCCAAACGUUGCCCCCUUUAUUUUUCUUUUAACCUAUAGAGAAUUUCUGAUCGUGAGGCAUGUAUAGCACUGGUUACAGCCUUUAUUCUUCCGAGUGCUGGGAUUAUUAAGGAUUUAACUCCUCUUUCCACAACAACUAAACUAAAGCAAAGGAGAGCAGAGGAAUUCUGGGCAGUCGCAUUCCCUGCCUUGUAUGUGGUCUCAUUCAUGGGCUAGCGAAAUGAAGGGAUGUGUGGGGUGCUCAGGACUCGGAUAGUGUCUGCAAGGGUGAAUACCUUGAUGUGUCAGUAAGAGGACGGUAUGGUGGAAGGCUUCCUCCUUCACAGCAGGCUGACGAUGUCGUGGCUUCUAGAGAGGAGCAUCAACUAUUCGGGGACAGAAGGGCGUGAUUAUGUCUGAGCUGUGGCGUUGUAUCACAUCUGCUACAGUAAUAUGGAAAGUCAUGAUGAGAUCAGGGAAAUCUGUUACUAUCUAGUAAAGAAGGGUAGGGGGAAGUAACUGCUUGCCCUUCUGCUUCUUUGAUAAAAAAGAAAUUGUAAAAGAAACUUCAUAUUCUUCUAACUAAGGAGGCUAAGUGAAUUUGUGUGGUAACUCCAGGGUGUUUGUCUUCUUAAGCAGAGGGACCCAUCUGAGGGAUCUGCCUGUUCCAAUACACUAGGCCAAUCUCCUGUUUUUAAUUAGAAAAAAGUCUCGGGAGGAUUUGACUCUUGCAGCUUGUCAGGUUCGUCUGCGUGCAGGCUCCUGGGCCUGAAGUCUGCAAGACCUUUAGUGGUCCCUCCCAGCUGCACCCAGUAGCCUAGGAGUGGGUGAUGCUAGUCUCACCUUGCUUGGAAGACACUUUCAUGGCAGAAGUUGUUUUUAAUAGUGUAUUUUUAUACUGAAGUGUAAGUAACAGCAAUACAAAGCUCUUCCUAGAGAACCACAGAGAAGGGAAUAUGGGAAACCGGGGCAAUCAACAACAAUCCCACACUUCACUAGGUAAGUGUGUUUUAUAGUAGCUUAUAACAUUAAAGAAUGUCUGUGCGGAAGGGUGAGUGAUGAGUUAGGAAACUGGGAAAAAAUUGAUUUAGCCUUCACCCCCUUGGUAAGGCUGGGGUUUAAAACUCUGUUGCAAGCUUUAACUCUUUCAUCAUCCAUCACUUGUCAAAUAUUGUAGUGCAAGACAGAAGUGCCUAUCACUUGGUUGAUUGUAGUGUGUUUUUUUUAAACUGGCAUGAGGGAUUGGGCUAUUUUUGUGCUGCAGCAUUUACUCCCUCAUUUGUACCUAAACUUGCUUUAAGAUGUGAUGCAAAACGUACAGGUCUCAACAAUGUUAAUGCAAAUUACAAACAGAAAGCUUAGCAUUUAAGCUCUAAACUAAAAGUGCCAAUUGUCUUUUACAACCCCACAUGGAAUUUGUCAAAUGUUGGCAAACUGUUCACGCUGAUACAAUCUCCAGAGCCAAAUGCUAGCGAGCCAUUAACCUUGGGACAUUGGACUGUUGCUUCUCAUGUGUAAUGUUUUGCCUCUUAACUGACUUAACUCAUGGGUGUAAAUGCUGCAUCCUGUUUCAGGUCCUCCAAAUACUAGAUAUUUGUGCACUUUCAAAACACUUUAUAUUACUACUGUACUGCGGUUGGAAUAAAUCUUAAGUCACUUUUCUCUCUUGGUUUAAUAAUUUUCAGCCAUGAGAGAGUACUAGUUUAUGUAGUUUUCAAUCAGCUGCACUGCAGCUUUCUGUUAAGCUUCCUUUAUUCUUAAAAAAUUGUUUAUAACAAUAGAUAAGCAGAUUAAAUAGACGGUUGAAACUAAAGUAUGUUGAGUCAUCAAACAGCAAUCAAGAGUUAAAUAUAUCUCAGUGGAAACACACACCUCUGAAAAAGGCUUAAAGCCUCUGCCUGCUCUGCUUCAUGCUUAGUAACAGGUUAUCUCCUACCAUAAUGCCAGGCACUGCAGGACAAGCGUUCCUCCUCUCUCUGCUGCAUCUGGAAAGCUGUCAUUCAAGGUGGCUUUUCACCUCUUCUCUAGCUGGCAAAGGCACAAUAGGGCUACAGGCUUUCAUCGUAUCUCCGUGGGCCGGAGCAUCUGCAGCCUCUCCAGCACUGAAAAAAAGCCAGUAUGUAAAUAACGGCCUAAUUCAAGUGAGGUACAGCUGUUGGCAACAGCUCACACCUCCCUCAACAGUCAGUUGUUCACGGUGUCGUGACCCAUGUGUUGUGCUGUAACGAUGCACAAGGAGACUCAUUAGGGAGCAUAUAUGGGAAGCAUAAGCUGUCUUGUUCAUCAGGACUUUGCACUCUGCCUGCGCCGCUCGGCACGCUCGACAGCUUGGCUCUUUGGCCCAGGGCGGCGGGCAGAUGAAUCUCUAGGGCCAGGCUGCCUCUUUCUAGCAAAAGCGGCACUUAAUAACACUGCUGUGUUUUAACCAUAGUCUCUAAUUUUAUGAGCACAGGGUGAGAUCUUGGAAUGUUCCCUGCAGAAGGCAGCUGAAUAAAAGUAGCCGUUGCUUGUACUGGACUUUGGUAAGAACAAACAAAAUUCAAUCUCACCAACUGUUCAGCUGCUCUCACCUGGCCAACGGAUUGUUUUUCUAGGGAUCAGACCUUUCCCCCCAUUUGACAUUUUCUUUUGUCUGUUACAGUUAAGUGGCCUAUUAAAAAGAAUAACAAUCAAAGUUAUCCAGUCACAUUUCUUUUACCCAGAUGCAGGAGAUGCUCCUAGCCCAGGUCUGCUGUUUUCAAGGACAGAAGAGAUUAAACAGAGGCAGUCUCGACCCUUUCAACAUCAUUUCUACACCCUCUAGAGGCAGCUUUCGUCCACGCUAAGCCAUCUAGGGCUAUGAUACGGUUAAAUACUUGCUACCAACGUAUGUCAAAUGCCCGUAUCAAUGCUGCAAUGGCACAUAAAGCAGAAUUAAGACUGUAGUUAAUGCUGGAAAAGCCACAAUACUGCUUGGUAGAACUGUUUCUUUUGAUGAGAAGGUACCAGACAGUAGUAAAAGUUUAUCGUUUUCACAUCUGCUUUUUUCCAUUAGUCUGUCAUUUGCUAUGAUCAGGAGGUCAAGGAAACAGAUAAAUAACCUGAGUUCAAAGCACUCAUUUGCUAACAAAUACUAGGACGGAUAAUUUGCAUAUUAUACAACUUCAGAACUGGACAGAUGAAGUUGUACUGACCUUUUUCCCCUCGCAGAGAAAACUUCAAGAUGCUGCCACUGAAAACAUGGGUGGCUUCAAUCAGAGCCUGCAGGGUGUUCUGUCAGCGGUACCACAGUGGGAGGAAGAGACAAGAAGCAGGGUUUUAACUAGUCUCUAGAAGACAAGUCCAUCCUUAUGAUACUGUUGAGUACAUACACAUCUAGAAAGUCUGCCUCUACAAAAACCGUGCGAGUGUAAUUAGUACCGAUGGUCUAGAAGUGCAGUUUCCACUCCAAACUUCAUUUGUUUCCCUUUCAGCAGGUGGCAGAGAGUCACACCUCCUUCCCAUAUCUAUUCCCUUUGAACUCAAGAAGGGAGAUACCUGUAUUCAAGCACAGCUGAACGCUUCAGCCAGAAACGUAGUAUGCUCUUCUGCAACAAGAACAUCAAAUCACUCCAUGCAAAGAACACCAGAAGGUAGCUAAGAAAUACAUUUCUGAUGAGAAAAGUUUAUUUUGAAUAGAAACUGGAGUGAAAAAAAAGCUUCUGCAGUGCUCACAUUUAGAAACAAGUCUGACACUCUUCACAGUAACUUCAGUUGACACAUUUUUUUUUAUUUUUUUUUUUUUCCCCCUCCGAAAAACGCCUUUGGCUCCA